AAGAUGCAGCGGAGGCUCUGGGUGUCGCCGGGUGGUCCCGGGGCAGCGCAGGCCGGAGCGGGGCAGGGGGCGCCCGCCUCGGCGCCCGCGAGAUCCUAGCUCCCCAGACCUGUCGGCGUGCCUGGGCCUUCCUUGCCGCCGUCCGCCCUCCGUCCCCGCCCCUCUACCCUUUGUGCGGCCGCCGCCCGGUGCCCCCAGCUCCGCAGGACCCCGACCGGGCCGGAUCGCGGCGGCGCGCCAACGGUCUGCGGCCGAUGGCGAGGGGGCGCGGCGCGGGCGGGGGCGCUGCAGCCCGAGUCCGCGACGCGGGAGGCUCGGCCCGCCUCCGCUGCAUUGUCCCGGGCCCUGCGCCCCGGCCCUGAGUAGCACCGCCGCAGCGCCCGCCUGCCGCCUGCGGGGCCAUGCGGAGGGCUGCCAGGAUGGAAGACUUCACUGCAGAGGAAGAGGAGCCCUGGUACGACCAGCAGGACCUGGAGCAGGACUUGCACUUGGCCGCAGAGCUGGGAAAAACGCUGCUGGAGAGGAACAAGGAGCUGGAGGAGUCUCUGCAGCAGAUGUAUUCCACCAACGAGGAGCAAGUUCAGGAGAUCGAGUACCUGACCAAGCAGCUGGAUACGCUGAGGCACGUGAAUGAGCAGCACGCCAAAGUGUACGAGCAGCUGGACCUGGCGGCCCGAGACCUGGAGCUGACCAACCAGAAGCUGGUGCUGGAGAGUAAGGCUGCCCAGCAGAAGAUCCAUGGGCUGUCAGAGACCAUUGAGCGCCUGCAGACUCAGGUUGAGGAGCUGCAGGCCCAGGUGGAGCAGCUUCGGGGCCUGGAACAGCUGCGAGUGCGGCGGGAGAAGCGGGAACGCAGGCGCACCAUCCAUACCUUCCCCUGCCUCAAGGAGCUGUGCACCAGCCCCCGAUGCGAGGAUGCCUUCCGGCUGCACAGUUCCUCGCUGGAGCUGGGCCCACGGCCCCUGGAGCAGGAGAACGAGCGACUGCAGACCUUGGUGGGAGUGCUGCGUUCCCAGGUGAGCCAGGAGCGGCAACGCAAGGAGCGGGCGGAGCGCGAGUACGCGGCGGUGCUCCAGGAGUACUCGGAGCUGGAGCGGCAGCUGUGCGAGAUGGAGGGCUGCCGCCUCCGCGUGCAGGAGCUGGAGGCCGAGCUGCUGGAGCUGCAGCAGAUGAAGCAGGCGAAGACCUACCUGCUGGGCCGGGAGGACCACCUGGCCGAGGCCCUGCUGGCUCCCCUCACCCAGGCGCCUGAAGCCGACGACCCCCAGCCCGGCAGCGGGGACGACUCAGGCACCCAGGACGGGGUCUCCUCUCCGGCCGCCUCCCCGGGCCACGUCGUGCGCAAAAGCUGCAGCGACACGGCGCUCAACGCCAUCGUGGCCAAAGACCCAGCCAGCCGGCUCGCAGGCAACCUCACGCUGCACGCCAACAGCGUGCGCAAGCGGGGCAUGUCCAUCCUGCGCGAGGUGGACGAGCAGUACCACGCGCUGCUGGAGAAGUACGAGGAGCUGCUGAGCAAGUGCCGACAGCACGGGGCGGGCGUGCGGCACGCGGGCGUGCAGACCUCGCGGCCCAUCUCCCGGGACAGCUCGUGGAGGGACCUCCGGGGGGGUGACGAGGGCCAGGGGGAGGCCAAGGCAGGUGAGAAGAGCCUGAGCCAGCACGUGGAGGCUGUGGACAAGCGGCUGGAGCAGAGCCAGCCUGAGUACAAGGCGCUCUUCAAGGAGAUCUUCUCCAGGAUCCAGAAGACCAAGGCCGACAUCAACGCCACCAAAGUCAAGACGCACAGCAGCAAGUGACAGUUUCCUGGCCUGCAUGGGAUCCCUUGUACCUGGGCCGUGCAGCCUCUGGUGAGUGAAGGAGCCCUACGCUGCCAUAGACCCCAGUGGGAGGCUGCGCUCUGACCCAGGGACCCCCGUUCCUUGCAGAUGUGGGAGCCGGUCAAUACGUCCUGCCUCCCAGGACCCUUCACCAUCCUUCCUCUGCCCAAAAGCGCAGCCAAGAGUUUGAAAGCCAAACGACCCCACUCCCCUGGGGAGUCCCAGAUCCCCAGCCCCCACUUCCCACCCUGGGCUUCGAUCUCAGAUUUGUGGCCAGGCUUAUGAAAGCCAUUCUGGACCAGUUGGCUUCCCCCCCUCCCCAAAGUUUGGGGGUUUUUGAGGGAUGUUUUGCAAUGCAAGGUCUCCCUGACCCCUUGCCACAACUGGAAACACUUGAAGGGGGACCCCAGAGCCAGCUGUUGCAGCUUCCAGGGGUCUCCUGGACCGCUCACUGCUUCCCCCCAGCUGUGAUGUGCUGUCAUUUGCCUAGCACCAGCUGUCGCACCCCCAGGGUCCUGACCAGGUCAGAGAUGGCCUCUGCCACGCAGAGCAGCAAGCCUCAGCCAGGCUGGAGUGGCCCCAACUCCAGCCCCAGUGAGGGCCGGCUUCUCCCUGGAGACCCUCAGCCCAUCGCAGAUCUGUAGCCAAUCAACUCAGAGCCAGCUUCCCCGGGUCCCAGCCCAGGAAAUGCCUUCUGGGCAUCAAGCCUUCCAGGGGUCCGGGCAACGAGGAGCCCUCUAUCUCUGCACGCCUCCUCUGACUCACCAAGCUUGGCUUCUGCCUGUCCCCAUCUCAGGGACCGUGACAUGUCUCAUUCACUCCCACGCUCCCCUCUAGGCCAAGGUUGUGCCUGCCACCCCCAGAAUGCCCUGGGCAUGUGCCACCUGCCUGCAGUCCCAGCAUCCUCCCCUCCUUCCCUUAACUGGAGACCACCCAAAACUCCCACCCCACACUGGGCAGUAUUGAAAUGGGACCGGAUGGAGCACAUGUCUCCUCCUUCCCAUAACAUGCAUGCUCUUAACCUCCCACUUUUGUGGGGGGCUUUUGAGGACCCACCAGGGUCAGGAGUUUAAUCUCUUGUUGAGACUUCAGAAGGUCCACUUCAGCUAAGAGAUGCCCAGGUCCCCAGCUUGCCCUGAGCAAUUCCUCAGGGUUCCCAGUUCUGUCUACCACCCAUCCUGAGACCUUAGACAUCGGAGGAGCCACACAGCCCAGUGGAAGGCGGUGGCCCUGGCCUCUGUGCUGGGAGCCCAGUGGGGAACCUUCAUGCCUUAUUUGUUUCUAAGGGGUAAAGGGGUUUUCUUAACAAGCAGGCCCGACCUCCCUGGAGGCGCCACCCUGCUCUCCAGGCGGCACCGUGAUGAGCUCUGUCCACUGGUCCUUCCAUUCACACAUCUCGGAACCCUUUGUCCUUUGGUGCUGGGCAGCGCCCAGCCCUCUGUGUGUCAUUGUCAUCUGGGUGGAGGGGAUGGGGUGGGAUGGGUCGGGGAAGGGCUCCUGCCUGUUUGCUCCCCAGUUCUGUAGCUGCCCACCAGCGUCACCUUUGAAGUGUACAUGAGAGAAAUAUAUUUACAAAUGCUUUAUUCUCUUCUUUAAUAAAAAACGCAGCAGUAUUCUAAAAGCA